AUGAGCAUGAGCACGCGCGGCGCUGAUGGUGCGAUGCCCGCUGCGUCGGCAGCAAUCCCGCAUCUCCCAUCCGCGGCGCAACCAGAUUUAGUCCGAGCGCAUCAGAAGGACGAUUACUAUCGAAAGCUCAUAUCUGAAUCCGUCUCUGAUUCCGUUCGGCUGUUAUUCGGCCCACAGUUCUGGAACGACAAACUCGAUGCCAUCGAAUCUUUCGGUGAUUUCUUGUACUUUGCAUUCACCACCGGGUGCAACUCGCAAACGCUCGGGGAAGAAUACACGGAUCUUUUCAUCGCGGACGCGAGAGGGGACAUCCCGAGCGCCUCGCGACGGUGGGCGUUGGUCGCGUUGGAGGCGUUGGCGAAACCGAUCGGGAGACGGUUGAAAAAUGCGUCCAGGAACGCUGUUUCCGGAGUUGGGGCGUUUGAAAAACAGUCUUUGUUAGGUGCUAGUAGUAAUAGUAGUGGUAGUACGAGUAGCAGCGGCGAUAAGGAGAAGGAGAGGAACAAAAGCGCUUUGAAAAAACAGUUCUUAAAAGCGUACGCGUGGGUGUUCGGAAACGCGCCGCAGAAUGCAACUGCGACGAAUCCAGCGCUCAAAGGAGUCAACGACCGAGGAGGAUUUGGACCUUUGACGCAGUUGAUGCUCUUUUACGCGUUCGGAAAGUAUGUUUCUUGGACGAACUGGGCGACUGGGAUGGAGAGGGUGUUUGUGAACCCGAAUCCGGGAGAGCCAAGGGCGCAGUAUUCUUUGCUGUCGAAGCUGGUCGCGUUGCAAAUAGCAUACGCAGUAUUUAAUGAAGGACAGCGUAGGUAUAAGUUACAUUUGAGCGGGAAAGCGACAAAAGGAAGACGACCGAAAGCGGCGGAGGAGUUUGGCUUUUUUGAGGCGGACGGCGUGACGAAAUGUGGGGAUAGAUCGAGAGACGAAGCAAAGGAGAGACGAAAAGGAAGCGUAAAUCCAGUUUCAGUCAUUGACGACGCAAACAUGCUUCCAAGUUUCGGCGGCAACGGAUUAUCGAACGACUUUGAUCGAGCCGACGACGAAGAUGCCAAACGGUACACCUGGCAUGAUAUACCGUGUCCGUUAUGUUUGAACCCUACGAAAUACCCAACCGCGUUGAAGUGCGGACACUGUUUGUGUUGGGAGUGCGCGGUGGAGUGUUGCCAACAGAAACCAGAGUGCCCGAUGUGUCGCGCGCCGUGUAAACCGCAAGAGUUGAUAACGAUAGCAAACCCUUAA